GCCCUUUUUUGUCUUCCGUCUCCCCAUUGCUUCCCGUCGCCAUUUUCCCGAACACCUUCCUCUUCUCCUCCUUGCGCGACCACCAUGCCGGACGAUCUGGCGGACGACCUCCAGAGCAUGAGCUUCGGCUCGUCGGACCGCUCCGGCUCCUCCGCCCUGUCCACCCUCUCCGGCUCCCUCUCCUCCUCCUCCUCCUCCCUGUCCGGCGCCAUCCCCAAGCCCCGCCCCACCGGCGACCCCGUCCUCGACGCGACCCACCGGGUGAAGUCCUCGUCGGCUCCUCCCGUCGGCGGGGGCAGCGUCCUGUCGAUGUCCGAUCUCCGGUUCGUGAAGCGGCUGGGCAGCGGGGACAUCGGGAGCGUGUACCUGGCGGAGCUCAAGUCCGCCGGGUCGGAGGGGCUACUGCUGGCGGCCAAGGUGAUGGACAAGAAGGAGCUGGAGGGCCGGAGCAAGGAGGGCCGGGCCCGGACGGAGCGGGAGAUCCUGGAGGCCGUCGACCACCCUUUCCUCCCUCGCCUCUACGCCUGCGCCGACAGCGACCGCUGGUCCUGCCUCCUCACCGAGUUCUGCCCCGGCGGCGACCUCCACGUCCUCCGCCAGCGCCAGCCCUUCAAGCGCUUCGACGAGGCCGCCGUCAGGUUCUACGCGUCGGAGGUGGUGGUGGCGCUGGAGUACGUCCACAUGAUGGGCAUCAUCUACAGGGACCUCAAGCCCGAGAACGUCCUCGUGCGCGCCGAUGGCCACAUCAUGCUCACCGACUUCGACCUCUCCCUCAAGUGCGACUCCGCCAGCCGCACCGCCGCGCAGAUCGUCUCCGACCAGAACCCGCUCCCUCUCCCGCCCCAGUCUUCUGCCGCUGUCGCGGGCGAGUUCUCUUCCGCCGCCUGCAUCCUCCCGAGCUGCAUCGUCCCUGCGGUCUCCUGCUUCCACCCGCCUCGGCGCAGGCGCAAGAAGAAGCCCGGGCGACGGGGGCCGUGCCUCGAGUUCGUGGCCGAGCCCGUGGACCUCCGGUCCAUGUCCUUCGUGGGCACACACGAGUACCUCGCACCGGAGAUCGUCUCGGGGGAGGGACACGGCAGUGCGGUGGACUGGUGGACCCUCGGCGUCUUCGUCUUCGAGCUCCUCUACGGCGCGACGCCGUUCAAGGGCCCCGACAACGAGCUGACGCUGGCCAACAUCGUGGCUCGGGCGCUCGAGUUUCCCAAGGACCCGGCGGUAUCAGCGUCGGCGAGGAAUCUCAUCGCAGGGCUGCUGGUGAAGGACCCGGAGCGGCGGCUGGGAUCCACCAUGGGCGCGGCAGCCAUCAAGCGCCACUCUUUCUUCAACGGGGUAAACUGGGCGCUUCUACGCUGCGCGCCGCCACCCUACGUGCCGCCACCAUUCAGCGUCAGCGGCCUCAGCCGGGACGCUUCCGACGACAGCUGUCCGGGCACGCCGGUGGAGUACUACUAAAACCCAUUCGAAGUGUUUGCGGUCAACCGCAGCGCGCAGUGUCAGAGGUCGGCCUGCGCGGGUCACGUGCGUGCCGCAUAGUAUAAGCAGUCAGUGCCAACGCGGGGGUGGGUCACCGACGCGUGUCAGUUCUCGGGAAGGCGUUAGAGCGGUGGAAGGAUUUUGUUUGCUUCUUGGGUGGCGAGUGGUGACCGCGACGUGACCGCCUUGCGCAUCGUCUUGGGGGAAAGGUCGAGGGACGUGGUUUGGUUGAUCCUCCCUUUAAGCUGACUCUCUCCAUAUACUUUUAUGUCGAUUAAGUCUCUCUCUCUCUCUCUCUCUAUCUCUCUCUCUCUCUCUCUCUCUCUCUUGUUUUAAAAACGUACACUACAUGGAUUUAUGGAUUGGAUCUCCCUAUUUAAUUGGAUCUCCAUAUACUUCUUCGUUUACCAAUUGCA